AUGAAAAGGCAAGAAUUUCUGUACGAGAGAAAAGAAGUAGAGAUUCUGCUUCUGCUGCUGCAGAUUAUUCUUAUGAUCGAUAUAGAGGAGGGGGUUAUAGCAGCAGCAGCAAAUAUAAUAGAGAUGCUGCAGGGGGUUCGCCUCCUUUCUCUAGCAGAGACGAUGAUUAUUACUCAAGUGACAGAGGACAUAGAAGAAGAAGGAGCAGAGAAAGAGAGAGAGACAGAGAUAGGUCGCGAUCGAGAGAUAGAGACAGGGAGAGAGAUAGAGACCGAGACAGAGACAGAGACAGAGAAAGAGAAAAAGACAGAGAUAGAGAUAGAGAUAGAGAUAGAGAUAGAAGAGGGUAUUCAUCAGCGUAUGAUGAUGGCUCUCCAACGCAAAGACAUCCAGACGAUGACGCAGAGCCCUAUCAUAGAAGAACAGAUAGAGGCUGAGUGCAGCGCCAGCAGCACCAGCAGCAGCAACCGCAGUAUCAGCAGCAGCACCAGCAGCAGCGGCGGCAGCAAAACAAAGAAUGAAAUAAACAAGUGUACAUCGUUCCUGAGUGCGUCUGUUGUAGAGUUGGGGUGUAUAUACGCGGAGUUGAGAGGGAGAAGGGGACAUCUCUCUUUGCAUGCAUUUGCUGCAGCUUCCCUUGUAGAUUAA